UGACUCACCAAUACUAGCUGCUACUACGAUCACUUCACUACCUUCCUGCAACUGCAACUAAAUCACUCACUGCCUCCCUCCCUAAACCCAUUUUCACGGCCAAAUGUUUCACACUCCGGACCCAUAAAUCUCUCCAAAAACCAAUCUCCGCCGCAGCACCACCAUGUCAUCCACCACCACCACCACCACCACCCUAUUUCUGGUGCUGUCACUGGUUGUUCUAAGCAUCGCCGCCGCCCCCAUCAUCGGCCUAGACUCCUUCCUGACCCACCAAUCCCGCAUCGACCCUCGCGCCUCCAACGAUUCCUUCCUCUCCCUCCCUUCCUCCAUCAAGAAAUCCCUCUCUACUCCAUCACCUCUCUCCCUCUCCCUCUCUCUCCCUCCCAUCCCCAUCUCCCUCUCCAUCCACCUCAUCGGCGACUUCCCCUCCGACACCUCCUCCCUCCUCUCCUCCUUCCUCUCCCCCUCCUCCGCCACCUCCUUCCACGUCAUCACCCCCUUCGACCACUCCCUCUCCCUCCAACACACCCUCCACCUCCAUGUCACCCACCACCCCCCUCUCUCCUCCCAAAUCUCCCAAACCCUCCGCUCCCUCCUCCACUCCACCACCGCCUCCCUCCGCUCCACCCUCCUCCCUAUCCCCUUCUCCCCCAUCGACGAAAUCAUCAAGCAACACUUCCUCUCCUCUGAACCUCUCCACAACCAGCACCACCUCUACCUCAUCAACCUCCCCAACUCCGAUCCCAAACCCUCCGAUCACAAACCCUACGCUUACACCUACUCCCCCUCCGCCGCAGACUCCUCCCCCUCCUUCACCAACUGCCUCGGCACCUUCUGGACCUCCGACCAACGCUACUUCUGGAUCGACCUCGCCGCCGGACCUGUCGACUACGGCCCUGCUAUCUCCGGCGACGGUGUCAUCCCUCGCGGCGAGUUUCACCCCUUCGCUACUCUCCACUCCCUCCGCCCCAAGUCUGACAAGGCACUCGUUGCUGACAUCGCCUCACUCAUCUCCAGUGCCUACCAGGUUUUUCUAGCGCCCUCUUUGAGAAUCCCUGUGGUUUUUGAUAAUACCCUUGUUGUUCAGUUUAUUCAUAUUUACUCCGGCGAGGAGAAAGAUAAGGAUUUGAGUGGUUUGGAUUGGAAGGCAAUUGAGAAGAGCUUCAGGGAUGAGGGUAAGGGGAAUGGGCUUCUUUUAGGGGAUCAGAAGUUGAGUUUCAAUGUUUAUGAUAUCAAGUACUCGGAGUGCCCCGUUUGUUCGUUCGCGGUUUCUAGAGCGAUGAAUUCGUUUACUUCUAGGUUCUUGUUUGAUAACUAUACUUUGAUUGUGAGUGAGUAUUUGGACUCCAAGCGGUUGCAUCAGAUACUGUCAGAUUCGGCUGAUGAGGUCAGGAAGAUGGGUGGGGUGCCUGAGGAGGAUUUUGGGAGGGUUGUUCCUGUGUAUGUCUUUGAUUUGGAUCACACCUCGCUGCUGCUUUUGGACCGGUAUCAUCAGUCUGUUGCUUUUAAGGACAUGGUGAUCGCGGUUAGGACCAGGAACACCCAGACUGUGAGUGAUUAUAGCUGUAAUGGGCGGCAUGUGUUCACGCACACGAGGGAGCUUGAGCGGCCCCUGGUUGGAUCCAUUUUGCAGAGCAUGUGGGGGGUGUCGCCGACACAUAUGUCUUGGAGCCCUAGGCACAAUAGUACUUUGGUGGACUACACUUGGAGUAUGGGGCAGACCCCGUUUGGGCCGUUCUCCCAGUUGUCAUCCCUGUCUUUUGUGCAGAAGGAUGCAGCAAAGAGGAAUGUUCUGUUGACGUCUUUGAACUAUAGCAUAUCGAGUGCUAUGGAUGUUCUUCAGUCCAUAGAAACGCACGGUGGGGACAGGAAACUGCUCAAGCAAAAGCAGCAUGCUGAGUUUGUCCAGAGAUUGAACCUCUUCAAGUACAAGCUCAACAAGGCGGUAUCUGCAUUGUCGCAUCUGGAUUUUGAGAUGGCUUUGUUUUACUAUAGGUCUUCUGAUCAUGAUCUGUAUGCCAUUCACUCCAUCGUGUAUCACGCCUCUCAAGAAAUUGAGGCAUCCCUUGUGUGCUUUAAGGACCCUGCAUUUCCCUGGUUUUCAGCUUCAAUGUCUGCAGCGGCUUUCCUUGCUCUCUCUUAUGUUUAUGCAAAACGGGAUAAACUUUUCAGAAACAAAAGGAAGCAAUUUUGAUGGUCUCAGUAGAGGAAGAUGUUUGUAUGAUUUUAAGAAAACACAAAACAUGUAUCAUUGUACAAGAGGUAUGCUGAUGGACUUGGUAUUGAGAUUUCUUGAAUUGUUAACACACCACUUGGACCUGCGGUUUUCCUACUUGUUCAUUCUCUGUGAUUAGGCUGUUUUCUCA